GUCUAGGCGGAGGCGGCAGCAGACGGGCAGCAAACCCGCGAUCACCCCUCCUGCUACGGCCGACCUCAGUGUCCGGUUAGGGUGACACGAACGCCGCAGUUCAGCGAAAUCGACAGGGACCCUCAGCCUGCUGACCGUAACGGCCAUUUUAACCGUUAGAGUUUGAAUUAAAGAGCCUGCGCGAGGGGAAAAGCUCCCCGAGCACGACGAGCGAACAACAGGCUGGGUGUUUGCGGUGAGAGGGGGAAAAGACGGCAUCCGGCCUGCGAGAAGUCGCCGAGGGCUUCGACUCGGCUCGAAACAGCUCUUUUACUUUCUGGCCUCCCCUGCCUCAGAGGCCCAUGGAGAAGAUGAAGAGGUUUAAGAGGCGUUUGUCGCUCACGCUCCGUGGCAGCCAGACCAUCGAUGAGUCCCUCUCCGAACUCGCUGAGCAGAUGACAAUAGAGGAGAACAGCAGUAAGGACAGUGAGCCCAUAGUGAGAAAUGGCCGGCCACCAUCAUCUCACAGUAUGCACUCGUUCCUGCACCAGUACACCGGCUCCUUUAAGAAGCCUCCUCUGCGCCGGCCUCACAGCGUCAUCGGCGGCAGUCUGGGCUCCUUCAUGGCCAUGCCUCGUAAUGGCAGCAGACUGGAUAUAGUCCAUGAGAAUUUAAAGAUGGGAUCAGAUGGUGAGAGUGACCAGGCAUCAGGAACAUCUUCGGAUGAGGUCCAGUCACCCACUGGAGUGUGUCUCCGAACAAGGACACAUCGGCGCAUAUCCAUGGAGGACCUGAAUAAGCGCCUCUCUCUACCUGCUGAUAUUCGAAUUCCUGAUGGUUACCUGGAGAAACUGCAGCUGAGCAGUCCCCCCUUUGACCAGCCUCUCAGCCGCCGCUCACGUAGGGCCUCUCUGUCAGAAAUUGGCUUUGGGAAACUGGAGACCUACAUCAAACUGGACAAACUUGGAGAGGGGACAUACGCCACUGUUUUCAAAGGCCGGAGUAAACUGACAGACAACCUGGUGGCUUUAAAAGAGAUUCGAUUAGAGCACGAGGAAGGGGCGCCGUGCACAGCCAUCAGAGAAGUGUCUUUACUGAAGGACCUGAAACACGCCAACAUUGUUACUCUUCAUGACAUUGUCCACACGGACAAAUCCCUCACCCUUGUCUUCGAGUACCUGGAUAAGGACCUGAAACAGUACAUGGAUGACUGUGGGAACAUCAUGAGCAUGCACAAUGUCAAGAUUUUCCUGUUUCAAAUCUUGCGAGGGUUGGCUUACUGCCACAGGCGUAAAGUUCUGCACAGGGACCUGAAGCCACAGAACUUGCUCAUCAAUGAGAGAGGAGAGCUCAAGCUAGCUGACUUUGGUCUAGCCCGGGCGAAAUCUGUCCCUACUAAAACAUACUCGAAUGAGGUGGUGACUUUGUGGUACAGACCUCCAGAUGUACUGCUGGGAUCCUCAGAGUACUCCACACAGAUUGACAUGUGGGGGGUUGGGUGUAUAUUCUAUGAGAUGGCUGCCGGACGGCCACUGUUUCCAGGCUCCACAGUGGAAGAUGAACUGCAUCUCAUCUUCAGGCUACUUGGUACACCAACAGAGGACAACUGGCCAGGAAUCUCAUCUAUUGAGGAAUUCAAAUCUUACAACUUCCCUAAAUACAAACCGCAGCCCUUCAUCAACCAUGCUCCCAGGCUGGACACUGAAGGAAUUGAAUUGUUGUUGUCAUUUCUUAGGUAUGAGUCCAAGAAACGAAUUUCUGCUGAUGAUUCAAUGAAACACUCCUACUUCAAGAGUCUGGGAAUGCGUGUGCACACACUGCCUGAGAGUAUAUCUAUAUUCACACUGAAAGAGGUGCAGCUUCAGCGAGACCCUGGCUAUCGGAACUCUUCCUACCCAGAGACAGGAAACAGCAAGAGCAGAAGACAGAGUAUGCUGUUCUAAGCUUUGCUCACCCGUGCACUCACUCUCAUGAACACACUCGCACAAGCACACACACAGACACACAAGCACACACAGUGGAUCAGGAUGAUGGCUUUUGCUCAGUGACUGUCUUGUAUAGAGUAACUGACUAGCCGCCCCCCAGCCGCUUUAGAGAGUGUGUGUGGACGUGAAUGGUGGGUGAAGGGGACUGGUCAGAUCAUCUCUUUCCCAUCCUCCUGUGUCCAGCAUGCAGCCAGUUUCAGUGAUUAAACUCACCAAUGCCCCUGACCCCUCUCCGCUUCCCUCAUGGGUGGGUCAGGAGACUAGACUGUGUGGAGGGGUGUGUAUAUAUGUGUGAGUGUGUAUAUUUAUUGAAGAGGUCCGUGGGCUUGUUAUUUUUUGCUGCUAAUUGACUACUGUCUCCUUUUAACUUCCCCACUCUUAGGCGACCUUCGUGGUUGCCACGGACACAUUAGUACUGCCGUCGAGGA